GAUGAAAAUCAAUAUCAAUGAUGAGGCAAAACUAUAAGCAUACAAAAUAGAAACCAAAAGUUUCAAAAUUGAACCACCCCCACCCCCCACCCCACUCCCCACCCCACAAAAACCCACCCCACUCUCUCUCUCUAGAUAACACUCACCAUGAAAUAUCAAACAAUGGACCUCACUGAUUCCCAAACCAACAACAAAAACCAAACCACCGCCACCUCCUCCAACGCCGCCGCGCAACACCACCAGCAGCACCACCAUAGUCAAUAUGACAAUAGAUCUUCGUCUUUCAACAUGGACCCCACCUCUAUACAGCCUAAUGAACAAACCCCACCAAACCAAACUCAAACUCCAACCCCACAUCCACACACUCCUUCUUCUUCUGCCGGCGCCGGCGCCGGCGCGUCCACGUCGACUCCCACCGCGCAGCCACUAACUAUCGACGCUUCGCUCGCCAUCUCCACCACAAGAUCCGACGCCAUCACCGACACUUCCAAAAAGCCCACCACCGUGGCCAAAAGAUCCACCAAGGACCGCCACACCAAAGUCGACGGCCGGGGGCGGCGUAUCCGAAUGCCGGCCACCUGCGCCGCCAGAGUGUUUCAGCUCACAAGAGAACUGGGCCAUAAAUCCGACGGCGAAACAAUCGAGUGGCUGCUCCAGCAAGCUGAGCCCGCCAUCAUCGCCGCCACCGGAACCGGCACAAUCCCGGCGAAUUUCUCCACUCUCAACGUUUCUCUGAGGUCCAGUGGGUCCACACUCUCCGCGCCGCCGUCCAAAUCCGCCCCUCACACCUUCCACGGCGCUUUGGCUCUCACUCAUCAUCCUUACGAAGAAGGCUUCUCUCACAUGCUCGGCUUUCAUCAUCCCCAUCACCAGACUCCUCAUAUUCUAACUCCUGAUCAAAUGGCUGGGAUUUCAGUUGCCGCGGAAUCUGCUGAUAAUGAAGCCGGAAAUGAUGACUACUUACGAAAACGAUUCCGAGAAGACUUGUUCAAGGAAGAAGGCCAGCAACAACAAGGACAAGGAGGAGAGGUAGACGGUGAAUCGAGUUCACCGUCUAAUAAGCAUUUCAAGGGUUUGCCUAAGCAACAAGAAGCCGGGUCUUCUAGGCACCAUACGGCGAAUAUGGUGCCAGCUACUGCUAUGUGGGCAGUAGCUCCAGCAGCUAGCAGUGGAAGUGGUAACACGUUCUGGAUGUUACCUUUCACUGCUAGUGCUGGCAGUGGCGUAGCAACUGCUACGGGAGGCGGUGCUCAGUCUGAUCAACCUCAGAUGUGGCCUUUUGCUACGCCACAACCCAGUACUAUCCAAGCACCGUUGAAUUUUAUGCCCAGGUUCAAUGUUCCGGGUAACAUUGAAUUUCAAGGCGGACGGGCUAAUCCUUUGCAACUCGGCUCAAUGUUGAUGCAACAACAGCAACAACAACAACAGCCAUCUCAGCAUCUCGGAUUAGGAAUGAAUGACACAAAUUUGGGGAUGAUGGCUGCUCUGAAUGCUUAUCCGAGAGGCGGGUUUAAUAUGAACUUGGACCAAAAUCACCCAAUGCAUCAUCAACAACAGCAGCAACAACACCAGCAACAACAACAACAUCAGCACUCUCAAGCUGAUGACAGUGGAGAUGAGGACCCCAACAGCUCUUAGUCCAUAAUGCUUUCAGCUCUGUGUUGGUUUGGGUUUGUGAAUCUUGUUCAACUUUUGGAGGUAAAUCUUGAGAGAAAUGGAGUGAGUGCCAAUUUAGUUGUCAAUUUAUAUGUAUUUGCUUGUCACUAUUAUCUUUAUUUUUUAUUUGAUUUUGUGGAGAUUUUGAGUUGUAAUUUAAUUGUUAGUUUGGUCCAAAUUUAAGAGACAGCAGUAGCAGUAAAAAGAGGAGAUUGUAUAGGAGGUUUAUUAUUGGCUUGUGCUUGCUAAUAUAAUUUACUUGAUUUA